AUGGACACACAAAGUAGCUGGACGACUAAGCUAUCUUUCUGCCCGUCGCCAACGCCAACGCCAACGCCGACUCGCCUUUCUAAGAGACCACCCACUCAGCUCCCGCCAACCGUCUACCCUCUCCACCACUUCGCCGACGAGACAAAUCCACCUCGGCCAUCUCUCUUCCACCCUUCGUGUUCCUCGCACCCAGACCCUCCGAGUUCCGUCGCAGCCAGGCAACUGGAAGUCGUCACGACGACCAAACUGACAUGCAAUGAUCUUCAGUUUGCCCGCAACCAACUUCUACAAAGCGGUCCAUUCGGUACAGAUCUUUCUAAGAUGCCAUUCUCUCCAUUUGACUGUCUACUUGUUUGUCCUUCAGUCCAUCUAUCUGUCUGUGUGUAUGCAUAUUUUUCUAUUCGCCUGUCUGGCUAUUUGUUUAUUAAUGUUGUUCGUCUGUUGCCCGCCUGCAUGUGGGCAUGCUUUGAGGUCUCCACAACUUUAUGCAGUCAAGGGUGCAUUCGCUUUUUCAUUAAUUUCUCCACCGCUCGCCCGGUUUCUGCGUCCUCGCGCCAAUCCGUCAACGUUCAAUUGCUCAGCCCAGAGUUGUGGAUAAAUGUGCUUUUGGCAAAUAUGUGA